GCUGGCGGGCAAGCGAGUAUCUUUAGUCCUUUAGUCUCAGAACAUAAUAAUUAAUGGGAAUUGAGGUAAUAUACCAAUAAAAUAUUUCAGUUAUAUUCCUUACAACAAUUAUAUAUUGAAAUUAUUAGAUUUUAUAUAUCAAAAAGGUGUAUAAGGUUAAUUCACAUACUUUUGUAAAUUAAGUCUAAUCAAAAGUACAAUUAACAUAUAGCGCCCGAAGUUCUUUGCCACUGUAUGAUAAAAUAAAACAGGUUCAGCAUUUUCAUUGAGCAUUUUUCAGCAUUACAAUCCCCUUUAGACAUACACAUUAAGUAUACAACAUGCGGGGAGUGAAAAUGUUUACAUCCUACCACAGCAUUCCCGUUUUCUAAGUUUACCGCCAUUUUGUUUUCGUGCUGGGUAUUGACUUUCGCUUCUUCAUGACUAUUUUAGCAUCAUGGUCAUUAGUUAUAUCAUGAAGUGAUCUCGUGCAGGCGUAUGGAGCACAAAGAUCCAUACAGCACCAUGUCACAGCCCUCUUCAGACAAGAGUAGAGAUCCUUACCACGCAUCAUAUGCUGAUCACCAGGAUAUGAUGUUGAGUGAGGAUGAGGAAGAGAGUGCCACCUUAGCCGAGCCCAUGACGCUGGAGGGGGCCAAGCAGCUGGCACAGACGUCAGUGGUGGUGCCAGCGACCACCCCCACUCCACCGCCCACCUCUCUAGCUUCCAUAUCCCCUCCACCGCCACACCCUCUUGUUCCUCCUCUCACCUCUCCACACCACUCUACACAUCACCAUCCUCACCACCACCACUUGACGUCCCCGCCGCCACCCCACCAUCAUCACCACCACCUGACCUCACCUCCCCCACCACCUCACCAUCACCUCACCUCCCCACCGCCUCACCACCACCCCCACUUGACACCUCCACUCCCCCACCACCACCACCACCACCACCACAUCUGGGGCACCACUCAUGAGGAGGAGGAAGAGGAUGAGGAGCCACAGGACCUGCCAUCGACAGUGGACAUACAGGCAAUUAGAGAUUCUCCGUCCCCUGAUCACUCCAAGGGGCAGCUCGUCACAAUUAAUGAGAAUUGGGACAGUGUGGAGGACCAGGAGCAGGGUGAGGAGGAGUCUGAGGCUUACGAGUCGGACACAGAUGGCUCAGAGAGUGACUCGGACUCUCGCCUCAGCUCCCGGUCUCGCUCAGCCUCCCGGGACAGCAUCAAGUCGCGGUCAGCCUCUCGGUCCCCCUCGCCUUCCAACUCCAAGUCUGAUAGUGGGAGUCAGAUCAUGGGACUUAAGACUGAUGGAAAACACAAAAGCAAAAUGGAAAUGAGUGCAGCACUUCUGACCAUGACUUUACCAAGAGUAGCAGCUGAUUCUUGCCUGCUGCCCCCGCAGGACUCUGAGUCGGACAGCUCGGACUGGAGUGACAGUAGCUCCUCGGCCUCCGACGAUGAAAGGAAGAAGGAGUACGAGGACGGAGACUCCAGCCCCAUGAACAAGCCACUGCCACGUAGGAAGCCACAGCUCACUGCUGCCAAGCUCACCCUGAGUGAUGGCUACCGGCGCGGCCCCCGGGGUGAUGGCAGUGGCACCUAUAAUCCCGGGGGAGUGGGAGGAGGGCGAGUGGCAUCCCCUUCGCUGAAGAACUCCUCGUCAGUGCCUCACACGCUGGACAAACACAAGCCGCCGUCACAGUCGUUCACGUCCCCCAGCGUGGAUUCCAUUAUGAACGUUGGGUUUGGGGUCGGCAAGACCACCAAGCCCCCUCCUCCAGCAGUGGUGGCGGCGGCGGCAGUGAUAGUGAAGAGCAGCGGCAAGUCUAGCAUCUUCAGCGAUGACGACACGAGUGAGGGAAGUGAUGUGGAGAAGAGUGACGUUGUAAAUAAUAAGUGUGUACAGUUGUCUAAGGUUGAAGAAGCGAAACAAAUACUCCCAGUGCCAUUAUCAAAGGGGCCACUCACCCCUCCAGCCAAAAGUGAAGUGCCAGAGAGUAGCUUGCAUCCCUGCACCAAGGAGGGGAGUGCCAGAGACAGCAGUAGUGUGAACAAGAGUGCCGUGGACCUCAGUGCCGGAGAUGAUCACAGACCAGAUGACAGAGGAUCAGAGGAGGGUGGAGUUAAGGUGAAGGCUGCUAGUGGGGAAGCUAAUCCAUGUGUCACUCCCCCUAACCUCAAGGUGGAGGAGGGGAAGGGGAUCUCCUUCCAGCCAUACAGACAGGGCAGCCCAUCCCCCACUGAGAGGAAGUGUGAGGUGGUUCCUAAGUGGGACGAGGACAAGGGGGAGGAGAGCAGAGGUUCCAAUGUGUCCGUGGCUGAGCUGGAGGAGCGUCGCCGUGAGAAGGAGCUGGAGCUGAACCGCGAGUUUGACCGUCUGCUGUUCAGCACCAAGACUCUCAAGCCAGGUGAGCAGCCCAGGCUGCUGCUGGCCGGCGAGGCGCGGAAGGCCAGCGACGAGUCUCUCAGUGACACUGCCAAGCCCGGCAAAGUGUACGAGUCCCCCAAAGCCAACAGGGCGUACCCGAGUGCCUCUCCCCAAACCAGCGGCAGGCAGUCCAGUAAAGCCUGUCCGUCUGGCAAGACUGACUCGCCCAGCAGUGCGGCAGGGCAGUGCACAAAAAUGUCCCAGGCAGAGACUGUACUUCCGGAUGUGAAGGACAUAAAUACUCAUGAUAAGAAUAAGACAAAGCAGGAAACACUCAGCUGGCCAGAUAAGCAGAAAGAUGUGGUGCAGAGUGAUGACCUGUGUAAAGACUCUCUUGAGGAGGCAAAUUGUAAGAAUGAGCCCCAGAGAGGACUCACGGGGGAUGGUGCUCUUGACAGGACUGCUAACAAGGAGGUUGUGACUGAACAAAAGUUUUGCAGAGAUUCUUUGUUUGAAAACUUGCCGAGUAGGGAAGUAAUGAACGGAAGGAGUGUGAGUGCUGAUUGCUGUGUUGAGAAAAGGGGAAGCAAAGACUUGGAGGUGGAGAGGAACUCAGUUGUUGAACACCAGCUGAGCAAAGCACAUGUGAAGGAAUUAUCUGCAGAGAAAGGCACAAAAAUGAUGUGCUGUCUGGUGUGCUAAGUAAAACUGUGUCGGAAAAGAAAUCCAAGGAAAUGAUGUCAGAAAAGAAAGCCAGUGAGGAUGGACAUGACAAGAAGAACAGUACUGGCAUGGGUGGUGAGUGGAGGUCGUCUGAGGGCAUGGAGUACCAACCUGCCACACUUAAGGAGACAGGCGGAAUAAGCAAAGUAGAAAACAAUAAUUCCAAAGGCCACCUUGAGAAGAAAUCCAAAAGGGACUUGAAUAGUUCUCACAAAAGUGCCAGAAAUGAAAUCUUUGAAAAGCCAAAGCAAAGCAGAAGUUCAUACAUAAAUAAGAGGAGGACCAGGGACUCAUCCUCAGACAGGAAGUCAAACAGGGACUCUUCACUGGAAAAGAAGAUCAAGGAGAGCCCAGAAGAUACUUAUGGUGGUGCAGACAUCCAUGAAAACAGACUAGAUGACACUCCUAAGGCCAGUAAGCAGAACAGUGAAGCAGCAGAUGAUAAGAAGCCAUACAGAGACAUGCCAUACAUAAACUGCAGUGCCAAGGUUAAGAGUUCAGAGAAAAAGCCAGUCAGAAACUCCUCCCCUGAUAAGAAGUCAGGCAAGAGUGCAGGACCAGAGAAGAAAGCUGGGAGGAGACAGGAUCUGAGUGCAAGGUUGAAGUGUUCAGUGACCACCAUAAAGACUCAGCCCAGGGGAGGAAGUCCAACAAAGAAACAUGUCCAGAAAAGAAACCAAAUAAAAAUGUGCCCCCUGAUAAAAAGACACAUGAGUCUGCAGGUGCUAACAGAAAGCAGAGCAAGGUUGACUUAAUAGACAAGAAACAGAAAUCUGAGGAGAGGCUGAACAGAAAACACAGCAAAGAACCUCAUGGGGACAAAAAGUCACACCGGGACAAUUCCUCAGAGCGUCCAAACAACAAAGAUGCCACACACAAGACCAACAGCAGUGAAGGUGUCAGAGAGAGUAAACCUGAGAGAGAGCUGGACAUUGAGGGAGGCCAGGACCACCACCUACCAAGGCCCAGCAAAGACCACAGCACCAAGAAAA